CAUGCUUUGGACAAAGAUAUAUAAGAACUGCAUUCUCUCUGCACAUGGAAAUCACAAUCGCUUCUUCCAGUGUACUCAAGAGCUUCAAGUGCUCCACGGGGAGGUGGUGAACAUUUCCACAGGAUGAGGACUCCAGCUGUGGCCUUUGCCUUGUUGAUUGUUCUAGGACAGACAACUUGCUCUUUUGGUACGAAUAUUGCUCGAGGUGGACAAGUGACUCAGUCCUCACUGUAUGGGAAUGCUGUCCCUGAAAGGGCCAUUGAUGGAAAUCAUGCCAGCAUAUGGUCAGCAGGAUCCUGUACCCACACCCAAAAUGAUCACAAACCAUGGUGGAGACUGGACCUUCUUAAGAUGUAUAAGAUCAACACUGUCACCAUCACCAACAGAAAAGACUGUUGCCACCAAAGGCUUAAUGGAGCUGAGAUCCGCAUUGGAAAUUCUCUCAAUGACAAUGGCAAUGCUAAUCCCAGAUGUGCUGUGAUUUCCUCAAUCGGAGCUGGGACCUCCGAAACCUUUGUGUGUAAUGGAAUGGAAGGCCGUUAUAUAAACAUUGUGAUUCCUGGAAGAAAAGAAUACCUCACACUGUGUGAGGUGGAAGUUACUGGUCAGCCUUCAGGUACUAAUAUUGCCAAUAUUGCUCGAGGUGGACAAGUGACUCAGUCCUCACUGUAUGGGAAUGCUGUCCCCGAAAGGGCCAUUGAUGGAAAUCAUGCCAGCAUGUGGUCAGCGGGAUCCUGUACCCACACCCAAAAUGAUCACAAACCAUGGUGGAGACUGGACCUUCUUGAGAUAUAUAAGAUCAACACUGUCACCAUCACCAACAGAAAAGACUGUUGCCACCAAAGGCUUGAUGGAGCUGAGAUCCGCAUUGGAAAUUCUCUCAAUGACAAUGGCAAUGCUAAUCCAAGAUGUGCUGUGAUUUCCUCAAUCGGAGCUGGGACCUCUGAAACCUUUGUGUGUAAUGGAAUGGAAGGCCGUUAUAUAAACAUUGUGAUUCCUGGAAGAAAAGAAUACCUGACAUUGUGUGAGGUGGAAGUUACUGGUCAGCCUUCAGGUACUAAAAUUGCCAAUAUUGCUCGAGGUGGACAAGUGACUCAGUCCUCACUGUAUGGGAAUGCUGUCCCUGAAAGGGCCAUUGAUGGAAAUCAUGCCAGCAUGUGGUCAGCGGGAUCCUGUACCCACACCCAAAAUGAUCACAAACCAUGGUGGAGACUGGACCUUCUUGAGAUAUAUAAGAUCAACACUGUCACCAUCACCAACAGAAAAGACUGUUGCCACCAAAGGCUUGAUGGAGCUGAGAUCCGCAUUGGAAAUUCUCUCAAUGACAAUGGCAAUGCUAAUCCCAGAUGUGCUGUGAUUUCCUCAAUCGGAGCUGGGACCUCCGAAACCUUUGUGUGUAAUGGAAUGGAAGGCCGUUAUAUAAACAUUGUGAUUCCUGGAAGAAAAGAAUACCUGACACUGUGUGAGGUGGAAGUUACUGGUCAGCCUUCAGGUACUAAAAUUGCCAAUAUUGCUCGAGGUGGACAAGUGACUCAGUCCUCACUGUAUGGGAAUGCUGUCCCUGAAAGGGCCAUUGAUGGAAAUCAUGCCAGCAUGUGGUCAGCGGGAUCCUGUACCCACACCCAAAAUGAUCACAAACCAUGGUGGAGACUGGACCUUCUUGAGAUAUAUAAGAUCAACACUGUCACCAUCACCAACAGAAAAGACUGUUGCCACCAAAGGCUUGAUGGAGCUGAGAUCCGCAUUGGAAAUUCUCUCAAUGACAAUGGCAAUGCUAAUCCCAGAUGUGCUGUGAUUUCCUCAAUCGGAGCUGGGACCUCCGAAACCUUUGUGUGUAAUGGAAUGGAAGGCCGUUAUAUAAACAUUGUGAUUCCUGGAAGAAAAGAAUACCUCACACUGUGUGAGGUGGAAGUUACUGGUCAGCCUUCAGGUACUAAUAUUGCCAAUAUUGCUCGAGGUGGACAAGUGACUCAGUCCUCACUGUAUGGGAAUGCUGUCCCCGAAAGGGCCAUUGAUGGAAAUCAUGCCAGCAUGUGGUCAGCGGGAUCCUGUACCCACACCCAAAAUGAUCACAAACCAUGGUGGAGACUGGACCUUCUUGAGAUAUAUAAGAUAAACACUGUCACCAUCACCAACAGAAAAGACUGUUGCCACCAAAGGCUUGAUGGAGCUGAGAUCCGCAUUGGAAAUUUUCUCAAUGACAAUGGCAAUGCUAAUCCAAGAUGUGCUGUGAUUUCCUCAAUCGCAGCUGGGACCUCCGAAACCUUUGUGUGUAAUGGAAUGGAAGGCCGUUAUAUAAACAUUGUGAUUCCUGGAAGAAAAGAAUACCUGACACUGUGUGAGGUGGAAGUUACUGGUCAGCCUUCAGGUACUAAAAUUGCCAAUAUUGCUCGAGGUGGACAAGUGACUCAGUCCUCACUGUAUGGGAAUGCUGUCCCUGAAAGGGCCAUUGAUGGAAAUCAUGCCAGCAUGUGGUCAGCGGGAUCCUGUACCCACACCCAAAAUGAUCACAAACCAUGGUGGAGACUGGACCUUCUUAAGAUGUAUAAGAUCAACACUGUCACCAUCACCAACAGAAAAGACUGUUGCCACCAAAGGCUUGAUGGAGCUGAGAUCCACAUUGGAAAUUCUCUCAAUGACAAUGGCAAUGCUAAUCCCAGAUGUGCUGUGAUUUCCUCAAUCGGAGCUGGGACCUCCGAAACCUUUGUGUGUAAUGGAAUGGAAGGCCGUUAUAUAAACAUUGUGAUUCCUGGAAGAAAAGAAUACCUCACACUGUGUGAGGUAGAGGUGUCUGGAACAGAAUCAGAUGAUCUCCCUGAAUAUAGCUGCAAUUGAGUCUGAAACAAUUCCCUACACCUGUACUACUGGUGUACUACUAAUUUUAAAGCUAAUUCAGACAUUUUUUUCUGCUUCAUUUCCUGAUUAAAAUAUUUUUACUCAUAGUUAAUGAUUGAUAUCAAAGUUCAAUUGUUGCCAUUCUCUUUUGCUGGCAUACAGUACCUGGAACUAUUCAACAGUGUUUUUAUCGCUUUUGAACAGUUGCCUGAGGUCUCUUUAUAUGAUAUUAACACCUACUUGCCAAGUUGCUUUUUUCUAUUGCACAAUAAGAAUCAGUAAACUCAUCAGAUGAAAUCAUUUUUUAAAUUACACAUCCAAUAAACCUAUGAUAUAUUUUGAUUUAUAUAAUUCAGAUUUAGAAUAAAUCUCUAAAUAUGUAUUCAGAUUUCAAGCCAAUAUAUGUUUAAUAUUUCAAUACUAAUUGUUGAAAGUGGAAAGAUUUUAGCUGGACCCUCCAAAUAAGUAUAUAGUAACACUUCAGGAAUAUUAAUUAGUAUAGAAAUAUUGUUUGUAGCUAUGGUAUCACAUGGUAGAUUAGACAGAAUUUCUUCCAUCUCAACAUUGUGGUCAUUAGGGUACUGGGAUAGGUGCAGAAGGACAUCACUUUGUUGGACACCUGCUCAAAGCUUCAGCUCUUGCUGUCACUUGUUUGUACUAUAGUUUUCCUCUCAUAAUUUGAAUGUAUAACUGUCCUUUAAUCUUAGUCCCUUUAAGACUGAUUGAGUUACGUUUCAUGUGCUAUGCUAAAGAACAAGGACACAUACUAGUUGUGUCUCCUCAUAGCCCUACUGUGUUAAAGGUGGUGUGUAGGUGGUGGGCAGACUUGUACUGUUUUCAUUAGAUGUGUCAUCGUACUUGGUCAGUGUAACCUUCCAUCACUUGUCUCUUUUUUGAUCAACUGAGUGAGGGGAUGCGGUACCAAGGGAAAUCUCCCAUCAAACCAUUAGUAUUUUGUGCUUCACCUAGCAUUUAAUUACUGUUUGGAAGACUGGACACAAACAAAGUGCAUGUUCAUUCUGUGUCUAUGUCUCAAUGGCUCUCCAUGUUGGUACAUGGUUUUCUUGGAUGUUUGAAUUCAUACAAUUUUAUUCAUUUUUUGAUGUGGAUGACAUGUAUGUUUGAAUAUUCAACAAUAAAUAAAGCCUGCUUACGCUUGUC